UUAUGACUGGGGGAGAUGAGCCCUUAUAUAAUACUCUUGCUCAUCACAGUGCUGUGGGCCGUGGCAGCAUUUCUCAAUCACAGCUCGCUUGGCUGGAGUUGAAGCAAUCAACUUCUUGCUGGAUGCCUGUGGAGCUUCACGAAUCACAUCAUCUGGUGAUUGCUCCUGGUGCUGUUAUUACCAUGGCGAUCACCGUGCAUAUCAAACCCUCCACAGGUGCAAAAUUCUCUGUGGAUGUUGAUGUUUCACAAACGGUCUUGGAGUUGAAAGAGAAACUGGCGGAGAAGACAGAGAUCCCGACGCCCCAGCAGAGGCUGAUCUACAAAGGAAGGGUGCUAAAGGAUGAGCAAACGCUGCAGGGCUAUGGCCUUGAAGCCGACCACACCAUCCACCUGGUCAAGGGUGGCGCCCCCCCCGGCUCAACUCCCGCCUCGUCCUCCGCCUCCCCUGCUGCCCCCACGACCUCAACAAACCCUCCGGCAGUGCCUCCGGGCCUGGGAGGGAUAGGGUUUGGCGGUACUGGCGGCACCCCCAAUCUGGCUGACAUGCAGCGCCAGAUGACUCAGAACCCCCAGCUCAUGCAAGAGAUGAUGAACAGCCCUGCGGUGCAAGCGAUGAUGAACAACCCCGAGGUCAUGCGCACAAUCAUCAGCGCGAACCCCCAGCUGAGGGAGGUGAUGGACCGCAACCCGGAGCUGAAUCACAUCCUGAACGACCCGGCCACGAUGCGUCAAAUGAUGGAGGCGGCGCGCAACCCGGAGAUGAUGCGCGAGAUGAUGCGCAACACGGACCGGGCGAUGAGUAACAUCGAGGCGCACCCCGAGGGGUUUAACAUGCUCAGAAGGAUGUACGAGAACGUUCAGGAGCCCCUCAUGGAAGCCGCUACCCACCGCCCAGAAGGGCAGGCUGAUGCAGCAGCCAACCCGUUUGCGGCCCUCUUCAACGCCCCGGGUCAGCAAGCAGGCCAGCAGGCGCCCGCCCCAGCAGCCGCGGACGGGGGUGCAGGCCCGAACGCUGCGCCACUUCCCAACCCUUGGGGGCCUCCAUCGACUGCAGCUGGGGCCGGCACUGGCGCCGCUCCGCUGCCUGCCGUCAACCCUCUAGCUGGCUUGGGGCUGGGUGGCCUCGGAGGAGCGGGGGGCUUUGAUGGUAUGGGCGUGCAAGGCGGGGGCGGCAGCCUGGGGCUGGGCAUGGACCCCGCCCAGAUGGCGCAGAUGAUGCAGAACCCGAUGAUGCAGCAGAUGAUGCAGCAAGUGCUGUCCAACCCGCAGGUCAUCCAGCAGCUGAUUGACUCCAACCCGCAACUUCGGACGAUGGUGGACGCCAACCCCCAAAUGCGGACGAUGCUCUCCAAUCCGGAGUUUCUUCAGCAGAUGACGAGGCCAGAGACCCUGCAGCAAGUGGCCCAGAUGCAGCAGCUUCUCGGUGGAGCGGGCGCCGGGGGGGCCGGAGGGAUGGACAUGAACGCGCUUUUGGGAGGGAUGGGGGGAUUGGGAGGAUUGGGAGGCUUCGGCGCUCCAGCCCAGCCUGCGGGACCUCCAGAGGAGGUGUAUGCCACGCAGAUCCAGCAACUGCAAGACAUGGGCUUCUACGACGUCCAGGAGAACAUUCGCGCGCUACAAGCUUCGCAUGGGAACGUCAACGCAGCGGUCGAGCGUCUUCUGCAAGGCCCCGGCUAAUGCGAGAUACUUCGGUUUCCAUCCAUUCCAUAGGUCAUGUCCAAUAUGUACAAUGUCGUAAGCAGGAUUUGGUAGGGCCGCUGGUCGUGAGCCGGGCCGAGCGAGAGUUUACGGCCUAAGGCUUAUCAGAACCUUAUCAACGCCUGCAUAAUCCACAAUAAUGCCUCUCUGAUUGAUGCGUCUACACUCAGUGUAUGGUGAUACAUAAGGGAAAUAACGUGG